AUGGACCUGCUGCUGCUCCAAGGGCUGCUGCUCCUGCCCCUGGCAGCGCUGCUGCUCUACAGGUGCAGCCCCCGCUUCCAGUUCCUCUGCAAGGUGGCCUUCUUCAACUGCUGGAUCGUGGCCUUGGCCACCCUGCUGUCCCCCCUGGCCGCCUUCCGGGGACGCUCUGUGGAGAACAUGAGGCUCCUGCGGGCGGCGCUCCUGCCCCUCAAGCGCUUCUACGGCAUCCGGAUGCGGGUGAGGGGCUCGGAGCGGCUGCGGCUGCCCGGCCCCUUCGUGAUCGUCUGCAACCACCAGGCUUCCCUGGACCUCAUGGGAAUGGUGGAGGUGAUUCCCGAGCGCUGCGUGCCCAUCGCCAAGCGGGAGCUGCUCUACCUGGGCACGGUGGGCUGGGCCUGCUGGCUCAGCGGCAUCAUCUUCAUCGAGCGCCAGCGCAGGGACACGGCCAUCGAGGUCAUCUCCCGCACUGCCAGCACCAUGAGGAGAGAGAACCUCCGUGUGUGGGUUUUUCCAGAAGGCACCAGGAACCCGGGCAGAUCCAUGCUACCCUUCAAGCGUGGUGCUUUUCACCUGGCCGUGCAGGCCCAGGUUCCCAUUGUCCCCAUCGUGAUAUCCCCGUACAGGGACUUCUUCAGCCCCAAGGAGAAGAGAUUCACCUCAGGGACCUGCACCAUCCAAGUCCUCCCCAGGGUGGAAACGUGUGGUCUCAGCCCAAAGGAUGUCCCCAAACUGACCGAGAGUGUCCACCAGGCCAUGGCUGAGGCCCUGGCCGAGAUGUCCAUGAGUGACCACGGGGACCAGGACACGGAGCAGCCACUGCUGGGGCCAGGGGAGGACAGGGACAGCCCCCAGGGCCAGGGGGACACAGCCAGGAGCAGCAAAUAG